GGGAGGGAGAAGGCAACAUCCUUCAGCUUUGGUCCACUCUGCCUCUGAGGGCUGCGUUCUAACCGGAUCCACUGUGAGCAUCAGAAUCGAGAUGAACAUCGAGGUUGGGAACGUUUCUUAUACGGGAGCCAUCGUUUCCUGGUCGUCCUCGGAGCCCUGCCUGGAGGACUAUUACCAUAUUAUGUACAGGCCCAAGUGGAACAGCAUCUUCUCUGGCUAUCUUCGCUACAGCUUCCACCACGAGGAGCAGGUGCCUCGAACAAUCAGCUCCGUGGUGCUGGAACACCUCACCCCUUCCACUCUCUACUUCCUGUGCAUCAGCUGCAAGAAGAUGCUCUUCCCCUACAGGCACUACUGCACCGUGUUCCACACCCUGGAUAAGAGUCCACUGGCUGCGGGAAGUUCCCUGGUGGACCCCCAGAUCUCCCUUUGGGUGCUGAUGGCCAUUCUGCUGGCCUGCUUCACAGCAGUCUUAGCCUUCAUCUGCCUCCAGUUCUGGUGUAUCCGUUGCCAUGAGCCUCGAUGGUCCUACAGAGCCGGCCUCAUGGAGGAAGCCAAUGGCCUGGUGAGAUGGCCAGAGGAGGCCCCGGGUCUGGGUCAGGGGGAGGAAGACCUGCAGGGGCUCCCCCUGGUGGAAGUGCCACGCAAGAACUCCGGAGCUGACGCGGAACCAGAAGCCGCAGCCGCAGCAGAGGAACAGGAUGCCCCCGACGUGGGUGCCCUGAAGAGGGAGGGCGGUGUUCAUCCUGCCGCACUGCCUCAUUUUGGGGAGUGAGAGGUGGAGGGGAGGCAGCCCACAUCAGGUAGCUUAAAGCCCUCCACGCAGCAGGUCUCCGGUAAAAUCGCAUCUGUAGACUACCCCAUUCGCCUCCCCUCAAAUGUCAGAGCUCUGACACAUGGACCACCUGGUUGGAUGAAUGCCCUUUGGCAAAGCUUCUCUAGCUGGAAAACAUAUAACCCCCUGGUGUGCAAAGGGAGGAACACGGAAUCUCUUAGGAGUGUCCAUUUAGGGUAGGGUGUCUCAGUUAGGAAUUAAAAGCAUUUAUUUCAAUAUUAAAACCACCAUGAAUAUAUUAUGGUAUAGAAAGUGAAAUCUGCAUGACUUAAAUAAAAUACAAAACUUUCAGGAAAUUUUUGAGUUGAAGAUGGGCUCUUGAGUUAUGCUUUCAGUCAGCUGAGGCAAACGUCCAGUCUCCUCUGCUGUUGAGGGGGAUUAUUUUGGAAAGAUGUGAGAAGCCUUGCUCUAGAGUGUUUUCCAACUUUCAGCCAAUCGCACACCACUUUGUACCCCAUCUUCACCUUUUUUUAAACCACAGACUAUCUUUACGAUUAUUAACAAUACCUUUUCUUUAAAUUGACUCAUUUUUUAAACUUAUUUUAAAACAUAGGCUUAUGCUACUCCCCAAAUGAAAAACCAGCACCCUCCUGCUAUAAAUAGAAGGGAAGAUACAUAAUAAAUAGAAUGAAAACAAAACAAUACUAAAUUUGACUUGGAUACUAUUGCCUACUAAGGACUCUGAGCUCAGGGCCUGCUCUCUCAUCUCUGAUCAAAAGGGAGAUUAGGGCUUCCCUGGUGGCUC